AUGACAACGACAGUCCCAAAAAUAUACGCAUUCAAGGAAUUCGACGACGUCGCUGGUGCUGUGGCAGACCAUAUCAUUGCUGCGCAGAACUCGGUAUUGUUCCCAAACUCUGCAAUCGCUUUUUCCAAAAGGGAAAGUUGGACUACCAAUACAUUUGAAAACCUACCUCCGACAGUCAUUCUUGAUAGCGAAGAAAUUCAAUCAACUGGUGCUAUCCACCAAACCAUAAAAGAUGAUGAAUUAACGCCGACUAAUGGCUCCACCAUAACUCUGUCAGCCGCCACGCCAACACCUGUAUCCGGCAAAAAAACCAAAAAGAAAAAAAAAGAUAAGAAGGAACAAGAAAGACGAUUCAAGAUUGCUAUAUCUGGUGGUUCCUUGAUUGCGGUGUUGAAUCAAGGUCUAUUGAAGAGAACCGAUAUUGUUUGGAAUAAGUGGGAUAUUUUCUUUGCUGAUGAAAGAUUGGUUCCAUUUGACGAUGAAGAAUCAAAUUAUGGAUUGGCUAAGCGCAAAAUUUUUGACUUGAUUGCAGACUCGCCAUCGGGGCAGAAUCAUGGGUUACCAACGGUUUUCCCAAUUAAUGAAGCACUAAUCACAGACCCUGAGGAGUGUGCCGAUGAUUAUGAAAAGCUUUUAAUUAAAAAGUUUGCAUCCAAGGACUCCGUGAAGAUACCAAUGUUCGAUUUGUUCUUGUUAGGAUGUGCUCCAGACGGACAUAUAGCUUCUCUCUUUCCAGAAAAAGAACAGUUAAGAGAAAACCUUGCUUGGGUCAUGGCAGUGAAUAAUGCCCCUAAAGGACCAUCAGAUAGAAUUACUUUGAGUGUACCGGUUAUUUGUCACUCUGUUAGAGUCACAUUUGUGGUAGAAGGUAGUACAAAGGCUCCAAUUCUCAAAACAGUAUUUGAAAGACCAGAUAAAGCUUUACCUAGUAGUAUUGUCAAUGAAGGUGCUGCAGGAAGAGUAUGCUGGUUUGUAGAUGAUGAUGCUUUGGAUGAUGUUAUGGUCACUAAGAAGAAAUACAAGUACGAAGUCGAUACCUACAAGAAUAAGUGA